AUGGGGCUAACUUCUUUCUGGAAGAUCAGACGUUUGUUUGUUUUGGUAAUAUUGAUCAGCUGCGUUCUGUCACCAGGAAAAGGGCUCGUGAGAAAGGAGGACAUAGAAAAAAGUUUGCUGAUAAUACACGAUGUCUCGGCGAGAUCACUGGGUUCUCUAUGCAUAACAGAGCAGUACAAAUCGUUAAGUGUCCCUCUGGAAACAUCGCGCUUCGACUCAGCAAGGCAAAAAGCCGAUCUGGCAGCAACGCUUCUGCAGGACCUAGGAGUUGCCCAUCACAACGGUCUUCAAGAUGCGAUAACGAAAAAUCUUCUGGUUACGGACAAGUCGGUUCUAUCGGCUCGAGUUUUGGCCAUCAACGUCACCACAGGCAAUUUAAUAAACUAUGCGUGGUGGCAAAAGCAAGGGCUUGAGCUGGGUGGUCCCAGAAAGCUGUCCGAAGUUGGGAUGGAUCUGGGACACAGACCCAACACAGAUUUUCCAUGGUUUGAAGAUGCAGAUUCAAGCCCUGGACUUCGCUCGCCGAAAUUCGUUCAAAGUCCACCGAAUGUUUCAUUUAAAGGAUGGUGGACAUACCCAUAUUAUUCGUGUAUAGCGAGGAAGUGGUUGAUAUCCUACAGCGUUCCAAUACCUCCUCCACUGAGAAGAGGGCUAAAAGGUUUUCUAAGUUUGGAUGUUGAUGUUUCCCAUUUGGAAGUUAACCAAUGUGAGGGACAAGAAAGGGACAAAGACCGAUUAGGGGUGGAAAUAAUCAUUUUUCAUGGAACACAUAAGUGUCACAAUAGAACGUCUCAGUGUGGAUAUGAAUCUCAUUCAAACUCAAUAGGAUGGUCAAGGGGGAAGUAUUUGUGCUCUUGUAGACCAGGCUAUUAUUCUCUUCAUCAAAAUGCUCAAUUUAAUGGAACUCUGGUUGAAGUGGCUUGGGAAGAAAAAGUUGAAAACAUGAGUGAUGCUUGGGAUAGAAUGUUUCGAUGUGUCAAAUGUGCCCCAGGCUGCCACAACUGUACAGACGGUUCUCCUUGUUUAGCUACAUAUCAUUGGCCCUUUAGGAUUACUUUACUAGUUGUAAGUGUAUCAUGCGCGUUUUUCACACUUAUUUUAAACAUCUACAUGUUCAAACAUAGAAAGUUGAAAGUUUUUAAGGUGGCGAGUCCUAUUUUCCUCAGUAUUACCUUGUUUGGAUGUGCCACUAUGUACCUAGAGAUGGCUGCAAUUUUUCCAGUAUUAGACUUAUACUCUUGCAUAGCCACAAAGUGGUCAAGACAUUUGGGAUUCUGUAUCACCUAUACAGCACUACUAAUGAAAACUUGGAGGGUGUCUCUAACCUACCGAGUAAAAUCAGCCCAUAAAGUGAAACUAACAGAUAAACAGCUACUUCAAUGGAUGGUACCUAUUCUACUGGUCAUGCUCAUAUAUCUCGGAACAUGGACUCUAUCCGAUACUCCUACUGCGGAAGAUAUUGUCGAUAAUGAAGAGCUGAGAUUCAAGCAGUGCGUCUACAACUGGUGGGAUCAUAGCUUGGCCAUCGGUGAAGUCCUCUUUUUGGCCUGGGGGAUCAGAGUUUGCUACAACGUCAGAAAUGCGGAGUCGCUGUACAAUGAAGCUAGAUUGAUCAGCUAUGCAAUCUAUAACAUAGCUAUUGUCAAUAUCCUCAUGAUAGCCUUCCACUUGUUCAUAUUUCCAAGGGCAGGGCCCGACAUAAAAUAUUUGCUGGGUUUCAUCAGAACGCAAUUGUCUACAAGCACGACCAUGGCUUUGGUAUUCGGGCCAAAGGUGAUAAGAGUUCUAAGAGGUCAGGGUGACCAAUGGGACAACAGAGCUAGAUCCAGAGGUGUCACAGCAUCGUUUUCCUUGAAUGGUAUUGGAUUGGUGUCGGAAGAACUACCCGAUUUAUAUCAAGAGAAUGAAGAGUUAAAGGAAGAGAUACAAAAACUCGCAGCCCAAAUAGAGUUUAUGAAGAUUGUGCAUAUGGAGAUGAACAACCGACACGUAAAACCAAAAAGUGGUGGGUACUUCACCACAUUGAAUGCUCCAAAUGUUGUUCACAGCCCAUUGACGAAGACCAGCUGCAAACAACCCGAAGAGCUGUAG